AUGGAGGAUAUUCUGAAGGCCCUGCCAGCCGAUGGCGCGUCAAUCAUGCCCAAGGUUGCGCCGCACCUGAGCCGUCACUUGCUCUUCCCGCUUAUCCAGUUCGAGGGCGACCAGGCCGAGGAGAAGGGCGAUUCCGAGCUGGCCAAGAAGAUCCUGUCAGGCAAGAUUCAGCUGCUGGACGAUACCAACAUGACGGACUACGUAGCGUCGCUGUACUGCGAGCUGCACGGAGUUGCCGAGGCCCCGGCCGAGUACACCAAGAAGAGACAGGAUGUGCUGGCACAGCUGGACAAGUACGAGAAGGCGACGGAGCAGAUUGCAAACCUCCUAACCCAGGACGAGGUCGUCAACGGGCUGAGAAGCGACAAGGUGGCCAACUUGGAGUUUCUCAAGAACCAGCACGGAGUCACUAUUGAGAUGGUAAAUGCUCUCUAUGACUUUGGACAGUUCCAGUUCCGAUGCGGUCAAUAUGGCCCUGCUGCCGAUAUGCUCUACCAGUUCCGAGUUCUCUCCACCGACAAUGACAAGGUGGCCGCUGCUACAUGGGGAAAGCUUGCUUCCGAAAUCCUCUCUACGAACUGGGAGUCUGCUGUUGAUGAGCUUAAGAACGUCCGAGAGGGUAUCGAUACGAGACUCUUCAACAACCCUCGAGCUCAGCUUGACCACCGGACCAUGCUUAUUCACUGGUCUCUCUUCCCCCUGUUCAACUUUGAGGGUGCCCGGGAACCCAUCCUGGACAUGUUCUUCUCUGCUUCCUACAUCAACACCAUCCAGACCUCUUGCCCCUGGAUCCUGCGGUAUUUGAUUGCCGCCGUUAUCACCGGCCGCACACGUGCACGCAACAGCUCUGUCCAGCAAAAGCAGCUCAAAGACAUCGUUCGAUAUGUUCGACAGGAAGCCUACGAGUAUGCUGACCCCAUCACCCAGUUUGUCAACGCCCUCUACAUUGCCCACGACUUUAACGCUGCUCGUGAGGCUCUCCGCAUGGCCGAGGAGGUGUGCCGCGGCGAUUUCUUCCUGGCUGCGUCCACUGAUGCCUUUGUCAACGCUGCCCGACACCUCAUUUGCGAGAGCUACUGCAAGAUCUUUAGCCGAAUGAACAUCAGGGACCUGAGCGCCAAGCUUGGCUUGAACCCUGAUGAUGGAGAGAAGUGGAUCGUGAACCUGAUCCGCGAGACGCGCCUGGAUGCCAAGAUUGACAGCCAGGAUGGCACUGUCAUUAUGAACCACCCCCCCAACAACGUUUACCAGCAGGUCAUUGAGAAGACCAAGGGCGGAUUCUUCAGGACACAAGUCCUCAACGCUGCUGUCUCCAAAUAA